GGGAAGACUCGGGCUGUGUCGUCGCUCAGACUUCUUCAGAAACGUAGGCGAAGGGGGAAAUACGCUCACGAGAUAAUGGAGCCUGGCGGUCAGUUCUUCUCUGCCUGUUAGGUUUUUAUGCAUGACCUUCAAAAACGCGCCGUUAAAUGAGAUUUAGCUGUCCUCACCAUGUCUGGAAGUGGGUGGUCAAAGCGUUCAAGGCCAGGGGCAUUUCCGGGUCUGUCUGAGCCUCCCCAGAGUCAGGGCAUCCAUGUUUACCUGUUCUGGACUAAGGAAGGGGAAAGAUAUUUGACCCAUUCAAGUGGAGAAGUCACAGCAGAGACUCUGUGCAUCUCUGCUGCAGAGGCUGUAGGGAUAACUCCUCUGUGCCAUGUGUUGUUUGCUCUGUACAAUCCACUGUCUCGCUGCUGGUACAGUCCAAACCACAUUUUCCGUGCCGAGGAGAACUCCAGCCUCGUACUUCACUACUGUAUGAGGUUUUACUUUCGGAAUUGGCACGGACUCAAUGAGAAGGGGCCUACUGUAUCCCGUUACGCUCUCAGAUCUGGGACAAAAUCAGGGGGUUCUACUCUGCUUGACCUCACAUCCUUAGAAUACUUAUUCGGCCAGGCUAAGUAUGAAUUUGUGAACGAAGUAGUGCAGAUGGAAGACGUUCAGUCAGAGGAGGAGCUAAGUUGUUUCAAAAAUGAGAGCUUGGGGAUGGCUGUACUUCAGCUCUCGCACCAGGCGAUGCAAACUGGCUGUACCUUACAAGAUGUUGCCAAAAAAAUCAGCUUCCUACGCUGCAUUCCAAGGUCUUUCGCCAAACAUAUUUCCAAAGACAACUUCCUGACAAAAAUCAGGAUCCGGCGGGUGUUUGCAGAAUUUGUGGAGACCUUCCAGCAGCACACUGUGGAUAAGGGGCGGCUGGGCACCCAUGAGAUCAUGUAUAAGUACAUCUCUACUCUUGAACACUUGGCACCACAAUUUGGCACGGAGACCUUCUCUGUAUCCCACCUGGAACUGAGUGAGGAAGGGGAUGGAAGUAGCUCUUUCUCAAACACCACACAUGCGCAGGGUGGCUCGAAAGAUGACUUCAGAGCUCCCCCCACACAUGAAGUAAUGGUGUCUGGCACCAAGGGGAUUCAGUGGAGGAAGGUGUCCGGUCAUAAGGCGCAGGCAAACACUUACUUCAGGAACGACUAUAUGAAAUACAUAAAGAAAACAAAACAGCAGUCCAGCCAACCGAAUGUGAACACCCCCAAUGAAUGGACCUCCUUCUGUGAUUUCCCUGAAAUAACUCACAUAGCCAUCACUGGAGCUAAUGUGUGCAUUAGCACUCAGGACAAUCACUGCAUGGAGGUUCAGAUGAACUCCAGCCAGGAGGCUCGUUCCUUCAGCUCCCUCCUAGAUGGAUACUACCGGCUGACUGCAGACGCCCACCACUAUCUUUGUCAUGAAGUGGCUCCCCCAAGGGUAGUGCUGAGUGAAGCCAACGGACUGCAUGGGCCUAUGCAUGAUGAUUUUGUGCUACUGAAGCUGAAAAAGGAGGCAGCAGAGGACGGAGCUUUCCUCGUACGGUGGAGCGCUCUCGACUAUCAACGCAUCAUCCUAGCUGUCCUGAACAAAAAUGAGAACGACUCGACGCCAAGCCACAAGCAGUUUCGGAUUCAGCACAAGGGUGGGAUGUUUUGUCUGGAGGGCUGGGACCGAGAAUUCUCCAGUGUGAAGAAGCUCACAGACAGCCUCAAGACCUUUGUACUCAAGUCUGGUUCGGACAGCUUUACUGUCAAAAAGUGCUGUUUGCCAAGACAGGCAGAGCUAUCCAACCUCCUGGUGAUGAGGCAAGGUGCCGAUCACUCUUUGGCCCUGAACAUGACCCAGCUACGCUUCCAUCAGAUCAAGGACAGAGAGCUCAUACAGGAACAGCAUUUGGGCCGCGGGACCAGAACUAACAUCUACUCAGGACGUCUGCUGGUGCGAGGUGGAGGAGAAAAUGAUGAUGACGAGUUCAACAACAACUUUGCUGACCGCAAAGGGAUCCAAGUGGUUCUCAAGAUUCUAGACCAAAGCCAUCAAGAUAUUGCACUGGCAUUUUUUGAAACUGCAAGUCUCAUGAGCCAGGUAUCCCACAGUCACCUGGUGUUUGUACAUGGUGUGUCGGUGAAAGGAUCUGAAAACAUCAUGGUAGAAGAGUUUGUGGAGUUUGGGCCUUUGGAUGUUUUCCUCCGCAAAGAAAAGGCAUCGGUGACUCCUCUGUGGAAAUUCAUUGUUGCAAAACAACUUGCCAGUGCCCUCAAUUAUCUUGAGACCAAACGGCUGGUUCAUGGAAACGUCUGUGCCAAAAAUAUUCUGGUGGCAAGGCGUGGUCUGGAGCAUGGUACUACUCCUUUUGUCAAGCUGAGUGACCCAGGAAUUUCCCUGAGUGUCCUUUCACGGGAAGAGCGUCUUGAGCGUAUCCCCUGGAUUGCUCCUGAAUAUGUUGACAGCGGUGCAUCCAUUGGUACUGCUGCUGACCAGUGGAGCUUUGGCGUUACUCUGCUUGAAAUCUGCAACAAUGGCGAUCUUCCCAUGAGUGGCAGCACAUUGUCUGAGAAAGAGCGCUUUUAUCAGCAAAAGGGCCGUUUGGCUGAGCCAUCCUCCCAGGAACUGGCCAGCUUCAUCAGCAUGUGUUUGACCUACGAGCCUUUGGAGAGGCCUUCGUUCCUCACUGUGCUCAGAGAGCUCACAGAAAUCAUGAUGAAAAAUCCUGAUAUUUCCCCAAGUGAAGCUCUCCCUGACAAAGACCCAAGCUUGUUCCAUAAACGCUACCUGAAAAAGAUGCGCGACUUAGGAGAGGGUCACUUUGGAAAGGUGACUCUCUACUUGUAUGACCCGGCCAACGAUGGGACUGGAGAGCGUGUGGCAGUGAAGGCUUUGAAACAGGAGGAUGGUCAGGUGCCCGAGGGCUGGAUGAAGGAGAUUGAGAUCCUGAAGUCCCUUUAUCACAGAAACAUUGUCAAGUACAAGGGCUGUUGUACUGAACUUGGAGGACAAGUGGUGCAGCUAAUAAUGGAGUACCUUCCUCUGGGGAGUCUGCGAGAGUACCUUCCCAAACGUAAACUUGGUAUGCCCCAGUGCCUUAUGUUUGCUCAGCAGAUCUGUCAGGGCAUGGAUUACUUGCAGUCGAAGCGAUACAUCCAUCGAGACCUAGCCGCCCGAAAUGUCUUAGUGGAAAAUGACAGUUUGGUAAAGAUUGGGGACUUCGGUCUGACCAAAUACAUCCCUGAAGGCGAGAUCUACUAUCGUGUCCGUGAGAAUGGGGACAGCCCAGUGUUCUGGUAUGCCAUUGAGUGCCUAAAGGAGAGUAAAUUUUCCUUUUCCUCUGACAUUUGGUCCUUUGGCGUUACGUUGUACGAGAUCCUGACCCGCUGUGACCAUCGCCAAAGCCCUCCAACGAAGUUCUUUGAAAUGAUGGAGGCAGCCCAGGGACAGAUGACUGUGAUGGUACUCAUAAAACUGUUGGAGAAACGGCUGCGAUUACCUUGUCCCAAAGAAUGCCCGCAUGAGGUUAAGAGGAUAAUGGAGCAGUGUUGGGCUGCAGAGCCUGCACAACGGCCAUCAUUCAGUUCCCUCAUCGAAAAGUUUGAUGCUAUUCGCCGAACAUACGACUGGCAGUCUAAUAUAAACUUUUCCUUGGCUCAGAUUUGCUGAUCAGGACUCUGGAGAUCUUCUUGUCUACAUUUCAUCACUUUGCCACUAUACAAACCAUAUAUUACAGAGUAGCCAAUAAUGUAGUUUCCUGCUGUGAAAUGCUUGCUGCCCCCAUUAAUCGAUGUCUUUAUACUGUAGGUGUCUGGUAAAAGGACAUUGCUAUACUCUCAUAUGUGAUAUUAACAGAAUAAUAAAUUAAAUCUGUGUAUUUUUUGUGAUGGGUUAACGUUAUGAGAACAGGGGAUGCCUUGGGCUGUCGGCCACUGAAUGUCAGCAUUUGUCUUUCAAAAGUUCUAGGUUUGUAUAUAUCACAGUAAGUAUUAAUUUCUGUAAGAAUGGGACAUUACCAUUUUCACUGUACAUUUUUACUUUGCGUUGCAGUUUGUUUAAUCCAAUGGAAAAUAUUCAAAAUCUAAUAAACCAUUUCACACA